CAGCUCCCAGCGCGCCCCGCGCCGGGCGGCUGGCGGAGGCCGGUUCCUAUUUAAAUGUGGGCAGCGAGGAAAAUGGCGGCGAGCGGCUGAGCACGGGGGAGACGGGGAGCAGGAGCUGCGCCUUGGCGCCUUUCCCAGGCUUUCCUACUGGCUUUUGUUGGAGAGAGAACACUGUGCUAGGAUGUGACUUAAAAUGACUUCUGAUCCUGAAGGUUCUAUGAAAAAUAUGCUGUGCUUGAAUGUUUGCUAAGGACAUCUCUUCGUGUUGCAGCAUCACACUUUGCCCGGGAAUGCAGCUGCGGGAGGGGAGAAGCACCGAUCCUGAUCCUGGGGUGUGUGUGUCACCCGCGGCCUGAGCGUGCGCUCCGCAGGCGUAAGACCCUUUGCUGAUGUGUGGUCAGGAUGAGUGGAUUAGGAGAAAACUCCUUGGAUAGCUUGACCAAUGAGUCAAGGAAGCGCAAGCCAUUGCCUUGUGAUACCCCAGGUGCAAGUCUGACCUGCAGUGGUGAGAAGCGUCGGCGUGAGCAGGAAAGCAAAUAUAUUGAAGAACUGGCUGAACUGAUAUCUGCUAAUCUGAGUGACAUUGAUAAUUUCAAUGUCAAACCAGACAAAUGUGCUAUUUUAAAAGAAACCGUGAGACAGAUUCGACAGAUAAAAGAACAAGGAAAAGCUGUUUCUAAUGAUGAUGAUGUUCAGAAAGCUGAUGUCUCUUCUACGGGUCAAGGAGUUAUUGAUAAGGAUUCCUUGGGACCUCUUUUAUUACAGGCAUUGGAUGGUUUCCUGUUCGUUGUAAAUCGAGACGGGAACAUAGUAUUUGUGUCAGAAAAUGUCACACAGUAUUUGCAAUAUAAACAAGAAGAUUUGGUAAAUACAAGCGUCUAUGGUAUCCUGCAUGAAGAGGACCGGAAGGACUUCCUUAAAAACUUACCAAAAUCUUCAGUUAACGGAGUUGCUUGGACCAAUGAAACACCUAGACAGAAGAGCCAUACAUUUAAUUGCCGGAUGAUGGUGAAAACCUCUCAUGAUCUUUUGGAAGAUGUAGGCAGCCAUCAGGAUACACGUCAGAGAUAUGAAACAAUGCAGUGUUUUGCUUUAUCUCAGCCAAGAGCUAUGAUGGAAGAGGGGGAAGAUUUGCAGUCUUGUAUGAUUUGUGUGGCACGUCGUAUCACAACUGCUGAAAGAGUAUUUCCAACAAACCCAGAGAGUUUUAUUACCAGACAUGAUCUUUCAGGCAAACUUGUCAACAUUGAUACAAACUCAUUGCGAUCUUCCAUGAGACCCGGCUUUGAAGAUACAAUUCGUCGAUGUAUUCAGAGGUUCUUAUGCCAUAAUGAUGGACAGACAUGGUCAAACAAACGCCAUUAUCAUGAAGCUUAUACACAAGGUCAUGCUGAAACACCAUUGUAUCGGUUUUCUUUAGCGGAUGGUACUAUCGUAACUGCGCAAACAAAGAGUAAACUAUUUCGAAAUCCUGUAACUAAUGACCGUCAUGGAUUUGUCUCUACCCACUUUCUUCAAAGAGAGCAAAAUGGAUAUCGACCAAAUCCUAAUGCAGUUGGGCAAAACAUGAGAACACCUGUGGCUGGAAAUACAAAUUCUGUUGGUGGUCUUAUGAACAUGUCACCCAGCCAAAGCAUGCCAUUGCAGAACAGGAACUAUGGCAUGGGAGAUCCCAAUGCAGUGGGUCAGCUGAGCAACUCUCGAUAUGGAGGCCCUGGUAGUAUGGGGCCAGUGAACUCUGGACCAGGAAUGCAGUCCUCUGUUUAUCAGAACAACAGUUAUGGGUUAAAUAUAAGUAGCCCACCACACGGUAGUCCUGGUUUAACGUCCAACCAACAGAAUAUAAUGAUAUCUCCUAGGAAUCGAGGGAGUCCAAAAAUGAGUUCGCACCAGUUUUCUCCAGUUACAGGUAUGCACUCUCCAAUGGGAUCUGCCAGCAACACCAGCAACAGCACUUUCUCUAGCAGUUCUCUUAGUGCUCUUCAAGCCAUUAGUGAGGGUGUUGGAACUUCCCUGUUAUCAACACUUUCUUCUCCGGGUCCAAAAUUGGAUAAUUCCCCAAACAUGAGUGUAGCUCAGCAAAAUAAAGCAAGCACCCAAGACUCCAAAAGCCCUUCCGGCUUGUAUUGUGAACAAAAUCAAGUGGAAAGUUCCCUCUGCCAGUCAAACAGCAGGGAUCUCCUUAGUGAAAAAGACAGUAAAGAGGGAAGCCUGGAGGCACCUGAAAGUCAGAGAGGACAAUCUGAAAGCAAAGGGCAUAAAAAGCUGCUUCAGCUACUCACGUGUUCCUCAGAUGAAAGAGGACAUUCCACAGCAUCCAACUCGCCGUUAGAAUCUACUUGUAAAGAAUCUUCUACCAAUGUUACCAGUCCUUCAGGAGUUUCCUCGUCGACAUCUGGAGGGGUGUCUUCCUCCUCAAACAUGCAUGGGUCACUCCUGCAAGAGAAGCAUAGAAUUUUACAUAAAUUGUUGCAGAACGGUAAUUCUCCUGCAGAAGUAGCCAAGAUCACAGCUGAAGCUACUGGUAAAGACACAUAUCAUGACACUGCUAAUACAGCCCCAUGUGGAGAAGGCACUGUCAAACAGGAACAACUGAGCCCAAAGAAGAAGGAAAACAAUGCUUUACUAAGAUACCUGUUAGAUAAAGAUGAUGUUAAGGAUCCACUUUCCAAAGAGUUGAAGCCUAAAGUAGAAAAUGUGGAUAAUAAAAUGGGUCAGUGCAGUAGUUCUACUAUUCCUACUUCCAGUCAAGAAAAGGACGUGAAAAUAAAAACAGAACCAACAGAGGAGAUGAGUGGAGACUUGGAUAAUUUGGAUGCAAUUUUAGGUGAUCUGACUAGUUCGGAGUUUUAUAAUAACGCUAUGUCUACAAAUGGAAAUAGCUUUGGAACAAAGCAAGCAUUAUUUCAAGGAAAUGCCCCAUUGAGUAUGAGGAGUCCCCAGUCUGCGCAGCCUACCCGUCCACCUUUCAACAGAGCCAUGUCUUUAGACAGCCCUGUGGGUUCGAGUGCUCCAGUGAGGAAUGUCAAUGCAUUCUCCAUGUUACAAAAGCAAAACUUGAUGGGUGGAAGUCCAAGAAUGAUUGAAAACCAGGAAAACUUUGGAGCAAAUCUAGUGAGUGCUCCCAACAGAAAUGUAGCUAUGAAUCAACACCAGUCCGGAGACUGGGGUUUGCCAAACUCAAAGGUUAACAGGUUGGAACCUACAAGUUCUACUUCAGUGAUGAGACCAGGACCUGAGUUUAGUGCAUCACUGCCCAGACCCACAGCAGGCGGCUCUAUGCCGGGACUGCCCGUUCGUUCUAAUAGCAUACCUGGUACAAGACCAGUGCUACAACAGCAAAUGAUUCACAUGAGGUCGAAUGAGAUUAACAUGGGUUUGGGGGGGAAUCCCUACGGACAGCCGGCACCAUCUAACCAGCCAGGAUCAUGGCCUGACAACAUGCUGUCCAUGGAGCAAGCAUCGCGGGGUUCACAAAACAGACAAUUAGUGAGAAACUCUUUGGAUGACCUCUUAUGUGCAGCACCAAAUGUGGAAGGACAGAAUGAGGAAAGAGCGCUUUUGGAUCAGCUGCACACAUUGCUAAGUAACACAGAUGUCACGAGCCUGGAAGAAAUUGACAGAGCGCUAGGAAUUCCUGAUCUUGUAAACCAAGGGCAAGCUUUGGAAGCCAAGCAAGAUUCAUUUCAAGGUCAGGAAUCUGCAGUGAUGAUUGACCAGAAGCCUUCAUUAUAUGGUCAGCCCUAUCAAGGGCAAGGGGCAGCCCUGCCAGGAGGUUUUAGCACCAUUCAGGGACAACAGCCAUCCUUUAAUUCAGUGAUGAACCAGAUGAGCCAACAAAGCAAUUUUCCACUUCAAAGUAUGCAUCCUAGAGCAAAUGUGAUGAGACCUCGGACCAAUACACCAAAGCAGCUCCGCAUGCAGCUCCAGCAGAGGCUUCAGGGGCAGCAGUUCAUGAAUCAAACCCGUCAAGCCCUUGAAAUGAAAAUGGAAAAUCCAGGCAGUGGUAAUACCUCAGUGAUGAGACCAGUUAUGCAGCCACAGGUAGCAUCACAGCAACAAGGUUUUCUUAAUGCUCAAAUGGUGGCUCAGCGUAACAGGGAGCUCAUAAGUCAUCACUUUAGACAACAGAGGAUGGCAAUGAUGAUGCAGCAGCAACAGCAACCUCAGGCCUUCAGUCCACCACCAAAUGUGACUGCCUCAGGAAGCAUGGACAGUGGUCUGACAGGCCCUCCAAUGGCUCAAGUUCCUCCACAGCAAUUCUCCUAUCCACCUAAUUAUGGAAUAACCCAACAACCUGAUCCUGCCUUUAGUAGAGUAUCAAGCCCUCCCAAUCCAAUGAUGUCAUCAAGAAUGGGACCCUCUCAGAAUCCUAUGAUGCAGCAUCCUCAGGCAGCAGCAAUGUACCAGUCUCCUGAGAUGAAGGGCUGGCCCUCAGGAAGCAUGACCAGGAGCAGUUCUUUUCCACAGCAACAGUUCAGCCAUCAAAGUAAUCCUGCAACGUACAGUAUGAUGCACAUGAAUGGCAGCAGUGGCCAUAUUGGACAGAUGAACAUUAAUACUAUGCCUAUGUCAGGGAUGCCUAUGGGUCCAGACCAGAAAUACUGCUGACACCUAAACCCGAUCUCCAAACAAGAAUGCGCUGUAUUAACGAUGCACUAGUAUUAUAAAGGAAAGUUACGCAUUCUUCAUGGCAACUAGUACUGGCCUUAUGGAAAUAAGGGACUUUUCCCACUGAUCACCAUGAUGUCCUAAGUUACUUCAUUCAGAGAAAAAAAAAAAACACUUUUUUUUAGUAGAAGCAGUCUGUAUUACUGUAUAUUGUGGUGUACAAAAAAGGUCAUAAAUAUUUUUGGCGCUCUGCCUCUAGAAAUGUGAAUUCGGCAAAGGCAUUUCAGUAAAUAGGAUGGGUAGACCCCUGGAAUACCUUGUCUGUUUACUGUAGCUAUCCAAAGCCCUUUAACUACAGGCAGAUGAAAGUGCCUGGAGAAGUCACAGUGAUAAGAAUUUCCAGAUUUCUCUAGUAAGAAUAUCUGACAGAGAAUGUAGUUCCUAGCCUUGACUCUUUUAUAUUAAUUCCUGAAUAUAAAUGCUGCUUUUAAUCUCUUACCCCCAGGAGUCAGGAUUUCCCAAGCAAAGGAGCAGUGCAAAAUGAAUUGGCACGUACUAUUCCAAUACUAUCCUGUCCAUUGAUGCCAAGGGGUAAAAAGAGAGGAUAAUAAAUUUAAAUUAUUUAAACACAAUUGUGACUAAUAUUUACAUAUUGAUGUGCAGCUGAGUGCACUUUAUAUAAGACUAUAUAAUGGAUUAAUGCAAUAUCUUUGAUAAGGACUUAAUAUGAAGGUAGGGUGUGCUCAUGUUCCUUCUCAAACAAUCUCUUAAGAAUUAUUUGAAAAGACUGCAUAAUGUAAUGUUUUCUGUGUAUGGAAAUUAGAGCAAUAAUCUUUCAUCAUUUUGAAAAUACUUCAGAAAACUCAAGGCAAGGCACUGCAGUCUGAAUCAGAAUUUUGCAGUCUUUUUGUGAAUAAAUUUUGUAAAUAUGUUCUUUAAGAUAAUGUAUUAUAUAUAUGACUUUUGUAGGUCACUAACUCAUUUUUGCAGAGUUUGUGAAGCUAAAUAUUUAACAAAAUUGAUUUCUGUAAACUCAGCGUAGUUGAGGUCCAAAUAGAAUACUUUUUUUUUAAUUAAACUUAAUGACUUUGAAGCUGGGUGACCUCAGCCCACACCUUUCUCUUCUUUGGUCUUUGACACUUCAUUUUUACAUCUUUAACAUAUAGCUUUUUAUAAAAGACGAGUUGUUAAAUGCUUUCUCCAUCUGUGAGCACUUUGUUACAUUUAUUUUUGCAUAAGGCAAUUUGACAAAAAGGCUCUGCAUUGUAAGAUGUUAUGACUUGUCAUGACGAUCAUGUCUUUCUAUGAUCUCUCUCCUUUUCAGUUGAUGAAUCUGGAUUGUGUCUUUUUUGGUCGAUUUUAACAAACUCUAAAUGUUCUUCGAAAGAAGUUUGUCUGUUGCAAAAUAUGUGUUGUUACAUAACAUCCAGAAUCUUUAAGGAUAUUAAGCCACACUUAACCAGAUGUCUGCACUUCAUUGGAUUGUUCUAAUAGUAAUGAAUGUAUUUUCUAAGCAGGUUUCUCUCAUAUCAGUAUUUAAGUUUGUUUGGUUACAAAUUUAUUCAUAUUAUUUGCUGAUAAGGUUUAUUUUUUCCUCUAUUUUGGUUCCUUGAAAUGAAGAUCCUCUUGCAGUUUUUCCAGUUUCAGGCAGUUACAGCGAGUCAAACCCCUAAUCUUCCAUAAGGGACGACCCAGAAAUGUUUAAGAUGUGUGGUGCUUUUGUUCUGUUGUUCACUGUGUAAUGGAAAACUGACUUCUCCCAAGUGAGUUAAAAAAAAAAAAAAAAAAAGAAAAAAGAAAAAAAAAGUGUUCUUGAUUGCUUCUUCUUGGUACUGUAAGCAUGAGGUGGUUUUAUUUUUCAGAAUAUGCAGUGAUCUUCCAUUUGAAUAGGAGUAACUUUCACUAGGAAAUUUCUCAACAAGUUAAUCCUUAGCAUACAGCCAGUUGUGUUCCAAUGGGAAUGUAGAUUCAGUCUACCUUACGCAACCCUAUCUUUGCAAUUAGUACUGAGUGUAUAGGUUAGGUGUUAGUAUUUAUUUGAAACUUUCGAUCCAAUACAUGCGUUGUUUUUUUUAAUGAAAAACUUUUAAAAGGCUAAGGAACUUUUAUCUUCUUUCUUAUUUCUUAGAACAUAUCUGUUUGUUAAGUGCUGCCUACUGAAGUUGAAAGGCAACAAUUCCUUGCUUUUUAUAUAAAUGAGAGUAGAACAAUCUUUAUAGUUUGUAGUUAUUCAUUAUAUUGAUGGAAACUACAAACCCUGAUUGCUUUCAUUAGGUGAGCUCUUAGACUAUAUACAACUUUAUACAUUGCACCCUCUUAACUUGUUUUAAAAUGAGUGAUUCUGUUUAUACAUGUAUGUAUAGCUGGUACCUACCUGACUGGUGUCGUAAAGGAUCAUCGUUUUCUCAUCUGUAUUUAGAAUGUUGGAGCUUUCUAGUACCUACUUUUUUGCUGAAUCCAAAGAUUUUUAGUUUAAACUUGAUUAAGGGCGGGGAGGGCGCAUUUUAAAAUUGCAUUGAUGACAUCUUUCUUGGCAACACUGAUCCUAAAUAUUAUGUCUAGUUUGAAAGGCUUAUGGACUGCAGUAAAUAAAACUUACCUUGAAAACUGUUAGCAUUUAAUGUCUCCACCAAUUCUGAUUUGAUUCUGUAGCAGCAGAUAAAAAAAAACACAACAACAAAACCAACAAAACCUGUAUAAAAUUUUUCAACUGUAAGAGAACAGUUAGCUAGUACAACCACCUCUGGUCACUGCUGCAUAAUGAGCAUAGUUUUGCUACUUUGUUAUUCUUUGAUCACAGAAACCAUGUUUUUAUAAAAUUCGCAUGUAGUACCGUUAUCCAAUCUUGAUCUAAAAUUCUGCUUUUAAAUUUAGGAAAUCAGGACCAUUUUUCAGUUAUAAGACAAAAACUAUUUGAAUGUUGUACCAAUUAGCACACAUUUUAUUUUUGAAUUUAUGUGCAGACUACCAGGUGAUUGAAUGAUACAGCAAGUAUGAAACCAUGUAACUCUGAGAGCAAUAUUUUAAAAAAUUCUCAGGAGAAGGCAUACAGUAUUGAGAAUUGCAUUUAAGUUUAGUUUACAUUAAGUAUUGCUUGAAAUAUCUGUAUCUUUAUGUUGAAAAACAGAAAAACCUUGGGGACUGAUUUAUAAAAGAGUUGGUUGUAAGGUAUUACUGCUCUUCUGAUUUUUGUGUUUGGAUGUUAAUAAUAAUGUAAAUAAAGGUUUCUAUUUAAAAUCAGAA